AUAGCUCACGCUCGCGCGUCGACCAGCUGUCGCGAUUGUGGUAGUGAUGGAAAAUCGCGUUGGUAGCGGUCAGGGAAGCUCUAUAGCUGAACAUGGUUUAGUCGUGAUCCGUACGCAAACGGCGACGGUUCGUAACUUAUCCAAGUUCAUUCGUGUUAUCUUUGGUAUUCAUCUAAGAUUUAAGGCUUAUUCAUCACCGAUAAGAAUCGACAUAUCAGAUAACCAUGGUAAAAGCAUACAAUGGUGCGUUGCUCUUAGCGGAUGUCUUGCUGCUUAUUUUGAAGAUUCUAUAUUACAUUUGCGAAAGCGUGUAUAAAUUUUUCGUCCCAACAGAAGAGAAGAGCGUAGUUGGUGAAAUCGUUCUAAUAACAGGCGCGGGUCAUGGUAUCGGAAAAGAAUUGGCACUCCGUUACGCAUCUCUGGGCGCAACCGUGGUAUGUUGGGAUUUAAAUCAAGAAGCAAACGAGGAGACAUUGAGCGAAAUAAAAAAAACGGGAACAACUGCAGCAUAUGCGUAUCAAUGCGAUGUAUCGAAAAGGGAACAAGUCUUCAGCGUAGCCGAGAAAGUCAAAAAGGAAGUCGGUGACGUUACUAUCUUGGUUAACAAUGCUGGUAUAAUGCCUUGCCACGCCUUCCUUGAUCAUACAAUCGACGAAAUUAAACGAAUCUUCGACAUUAACGUACUGGCCCACUUCUGGAUGCUGCAAGCAUUUUUGCCAAGUAUGAUCGAAAAAAAUCAUGGCCAUGUUGUUGCACUCUCGUCAUUGGCAGGAAUCGGUGGCCUUCCGAAUUUAGUUCCCUAUUGCGCUUCGAAAUUCGCAGUUAGAGGGCUUAUGGAAUCAAUUAGUGAGGAAUUACGGAUAUCUACCAAAGGGAAAUCUUUAAUCAAAUUUACUACCAUUUAUCCAUACAUGGUAGACACCGGACUUUGCAAGAAACCAAAGAUAAGGUUUCCGAAUGCCAUGCCGUUGGUUUCACCGGGACAAACAGCUUCACAAAUAAUCCGUGCGCAAAGGUGCGAUUAUCGAGAGAGAUCUGUGCCUCCAGUAUGGCUGCCAUUGGGCAUAAUGUUAAAGAAUUUGCCCGAUAAUGCGUUAUUCACCCUAAUAGAUUUCUGCGACAGUGGUGUCCAGGCAGUGAGCUAACAGAUACAAGAAACACUCAUAUAUAUAUAUAUAUAUAUAUAUAUAUAUAUAUAAAACAAUUUAAAAAAUCAAAUCUGUGAAUAAAAUUUUUGAUAUGAUUAUGUAUAAAAUCUAUUAAGUUUCCACAUUUUUUAUAAGAUAAAAUAAUUCAAAAUUGCCAACAGUUUUUAGAUUGUUAACACGUUCAAAGUAAAACAUUUUAGUUGUCUUUCUCUUUUUGAUAGCUCGCUCUAUAUAUGAAAAAAAUAAUUAUUUUGAUUAAUUAAUCAUAAAUAAUUAAUUGUCGUAAACACCGGAGUAAUAUGCAUAAACACACAAGCGUAGAUGUUUAUACAAUAAGCAACAUUAGUAUUGUAAUUAUUUUAUAUUGAAAGGAAUUGCGUAAAAAUGCUUCACCGUUGUAAUCACAUGAGCAUAUAUAUCAAUUUUAAUUUUAAUGAACAGCAUUAUUUCGUUCUGUUAAACUGAUAAUCAAAAUAUGGUAUACCUGUAAUGAUAAGUCGCGUAUAGUCUGUUAUUUAUAAAACUAAUAAUUUACUCCGAUAAACUUCUGCUCACACUUGUAUGUAUAUUGUUAUUUCAUAAGAAUUACUUAUAUAAUAAAUAUAAAUAUACAUUAGCAAUUUAUAUUAUUAUAUAACAAAGCGCAAAAUGCAUAUAUACAUUAUAUAUUAUAUAAAAUUGUCUGCGAAAUGUUAUUUGGGAGUAUUUCAUGUAUGAUAAUGUGCGUAUUUCUUGUCGACAAUAUAAGUUCAUCAAGAGAUUGACGAUUUGAUAUGA